ACCACCGUCAAUGAAGUACAAUCUCCCAAUCUCACUCACUAAAGUUUUGUAGACCACGAUUGUACACCCAAAUGUAGCCGCCAGGGUGCAAUAUUGUCUUUCUGAAGAAGAAAACUGCGUAUGUGGAAAUCACUUCCCCUGACGCCCUGGUCAACCAAUGGAUGUGUCUGAAGAGUUAACCAAUAUCUGCAGUAGCAUCACAGCUGUGGGACCUGAGUGUGGACAGGAGCUGUCAUUACCUGAUCUCUCUCUGUCUCAAAGUGAUGGAAAUAUUUUACUGCAGUUGCUUGAGUUUAAAGCGCACCUGCUUGAGGUAGUAGAGGAGCUGUACAUUCGAAGGGAUGCUGAAGAACGCUUCGAGGAACAGAUCAGUAAACUUGUGCUGGAGAAGCAAGAGCUGGAAUGGGGGAAGGAAUCUUUGCAAAAUCAAUUAGAAGCAGAGAAAAAUCAGUAUGCAGGGUCGCUCUCCAAGGCCAACAAGCAGUUUCAGGCCAAAAUAAUAGAUAUUGAAGAGGAAAAGAGGAGAUACCAGCUAAGUGUGGAGCAGAAAGAAAAAGACAUUCACAACUUGAAGGAGGAGCUGAAGUCUCUACAUUUAACAAAGUAUAACUUGGAAAAGAAAUCAAUUGAGCUGGAACAAAAACUAGCCUUGCAGAGUCGAUCAAAAGAUAGUCGCCUAAACCAACUUUUAGAAGUGGAGAAAAGAUUCAGUGCUUUGUCCAGGCACUGUUCUACAGUCAAACAGGCUCAUGAGAAACUUGAACAAAAUGUUGAUGAAGCAAUGAAGCUUAAUAAAAAGCUCACUUCUAGCAAUGAAAAACAAGAGGUCACGAUUGUAUCUCUUAACAAGGAAGUAGAAGAGCUUAGAAAUAAGUUGAUCAAGACCAAGAUGGCCUCUAUCAACCCUGACAAAAGAACAAACAACUUUUCAAUAAAAGAACAAACACUGAAUCAGCUACAUCAUAAGUUGAACAUGGAAUGUGAAAUGAACAGGAAAUUUAAGGAUGAAAACAAAGUACUUCAAGCAGAAAAACAAGAGGUGCUGACGUCUUUGCAGUUUGCUCAUCAGCUAUUGUCCAAAGAGACACAGAAACUGAGUCAACUCAAACUGGACAUAGAGACUCAAAGAAAGCAGUACCAGAGCCUUGAGCAAGAUCACAAGGCAAUGCAAGAGAAAGAGAAAACAGUGGAAGAAAAGAUAAAACAACUAAUGGAGGAGUACAUUGUUUCUAAAAGCAGCUGGGACAAAGAGAAAGCAGAUUUUUUAGAUCGGAUAAAAAAUAAGCAACAAGAACUUAUGACAGUCAAAGAGGCCUAUGAGGAGCUUCACCAAAAUUACAUGGAGCUCUCAUCAAAGGCUAAAGAACAGGCACAACAAAUUCAUGAACUGAAGUUACAAACUGCGAAAGUGAAGGAACUGGACCUCACUGUUAUCCCGUCCAAGUCCACUGAAGAGGGAGGCAGCAGUGAGAGUUUAUUGAAGAUUGAACUGUACAACAGCGUUUUGACUUUAACCAAAGACUCAGAUGAACCAAACGACAAAGAGGUCUCCAUCAUAUAUACAGGAGGACAAGCUUUGGUCAAUGAGGAAUAUAUGAGUGAAACAAUCUUCGAAUCAAAGAUAUAUUCUACCAACAACAACAACAAUCCAUCUUCAGCUGUGUUUAGAGAAAACACAACUGAACAUACCAACUAUAACAAGAAUGAGGUCCCAGCUGAGAUGAUAGUAAGUGUAUUUGAAAGCCGUACAGGUCAAAUGAACUCAACAUCAAUCAGUGAUUUCAGCUCCACAAACGUCAGUGUAAAACUCACCACAGAAAGUUUGUUCCAAGAAGACAGUGCUAUAAACAAAGCUAACAUUGUGGCUAUGGAAGAGAAAGAUGGACAUGUGCAAGAGAAUUAUGAAAGAAACAAAAAAAAGGAAGCAGAAGAGACAGAAAAUUCACUUAAAGAACAAGCUCAGAAAAUGGAUUACCUGAACGACAAGUCAGUUACUUUUGAGGCUGACAUGGUCUCAACUUUAAACCUUAUUGCAGAAAGCGCUGAUAGAGAGCAUACAAAAGAUGAUACACGUAUUGUAAUAGAAGCAGACCAACAGCCACAGAAAACUCAAGAGGAAAAUGUGCUAGAUGUCAGUGAAGAUACAAAGAAUAAUAGAGCAAGUGUCUCCAACGAACCAACAAAUGCUUUACAAUGCACAAUGGAUGAAAAAGCUGGCCAUGCUCUGCCCAUUCAGGAGAUAACAAGACAGGAAGUGCCGCUUGGGGACUUACUGGUGACUCAAAACUGUGAGCCCUCAAAUGCCAGACAAAAUGCUAUCCCUCUUGUAGAGUCAUCUCCGUGGUCAGUUUGUCAUGAUUUAGAAGAAAACGCAGAAAUGGUGUCAGAGGAAUCCGCAAGCGCUGAACUUCCCCAAACUCUUAAUAAGUCAAGUUUAUGUCAGUCCCAAAGUGAUGCUGCUCAGCUGGACAGUGUCAGUGAUCAGGAGACUAUUAAAACACAGACACAAACGGUUAGCCCUUCUGACACACCAGGUCACACAAAGGACACAGUUGAUAAAAGUGCUAAAGAAUUUUCUCCAGUAACUGAAAUGGUCGAGGGUGGAAUAUGUCUUGUAAAUCAGAAGGGAAAGAAUAACUUGACUGAUUCAGUGAAUAAUAAUCUGACUAAUGACUGUGAGAAAAGGAGUGAGAAGGAGCAACUGGAUUUCAUGGACAAAUGUAAUUUCAAGUGUAAACAGUCUGAUGUUGAUCAAACGAAUACUGACAGUGUUAAAUAUUGGGAUGGAUUUCGAAGUUCUCUGAAGCUUUUAAAAAACUCCACCAAAGCUCCAGUGCUCUGGCCAAGAGAAAAUGAUUUUAAAUGUGACUCUCUCAAAACACAAUUCAGUGGUGUGUCUGAAUGCCAGAAGACUCCCAUGGCAAAAGAAGCAAAAAUGAUAGAUGAAUUUGCUGCACCCUUCAAGACCACAUACAAACCGUUGUUCAAAUGGGGCUCUGCGCAGAGAAAAGCACAGACAUACAUUGCCAAGUCUGACACAUCAGCUCACAGAGUUCUUUGUAAUACAUCCCAAAUGUCAUAUACUAGUGGCUACAUUGGUAAUUCUCCGAACACACUUUCCAUGUUCCAUAAAGGCGAACACGGCAAAGCCCCCCUGACGAUUACGAGGGCGACAGACCUGUUGAGUGCCUCCAGUGCCUGUGGGACUUCUGCUUCCUCCAGGAGACCCCAGCAGACCGAGUGGACGGCUUUUGGAGAAGCCCACAGGGACAUAGCAGCAGCGCAAAUGUUUUAA